AUGAAGUUUUUCAAGGUUUUUUGUUCUGUCGCAGGCGCUCUCGGGCUAGUUUUUCCCAACUUUCAGAAUAUCAGUAAUGCUAUUGGCUCAAUCAACAUUGACAAUCUCGUCGAUGCUCUUGACAGUGACCCGAUCGAUACAGCUUUAGACGAUGUUGGCUUGAUCAACAUUGGCAAUGUUAUCAACGCUACUGCCAAUGAUACUCUUGACCUCGUGAAUGAGAUUGACUUCGAAGGCCUAGUUAACGAUGUUGUUAAUCUGACCGAGAAAGCUAUUGAAGAAAGUGGAGAAAAGGCUGGCGAAGAAAUUGGAGCAGAAACCGUUGGAAACGAUGGAGCAAAGGCUGCUAUUCCUUCUGCUGCAUGCACUGCAGUUCUAUUACUUCUUUAUUGA